AUGCUUUUAAGGUCAUUCACCAGAUUAUAUACAAGAUCGACGAAAUCACCAGUUUCUAAGAGUUUUUUUCAAAGAUACCGUAAGCAGAUAAAAUUAGGGAUUGCAGGAACUGCAGUUGCGACUGUAUUAGGAUUCGGAUACUGCGAAUAUGUAAUACAUACUACGUGGACUGUUGAAUUAGACGAAGACCAAUUUACUCGUUAUAAAAUUUCUCAAAGAGUAGACAUCGAUCCACACCAUUAUUUUCUAGAAGCUAAACCAUUAUCUGAACAAAAAAUAAAUAUUUGGAAGAAGUUAACCUCGAACAAAAUAUGGUCCCUGGAGGUUAAACAACCUGAAAUUAUGAUUGUAAGAAACUACACACCUCUCCCAUUAAAAUUGACGGUAAAUAAUAAAGACGAUUAUCAAUUGGAGCCUUUAGAUAUUAAAAAUAAUGACACAAAUGGAGGUAAAUUAUUGUUUUAUAUAAAAAAUUAUGAUAAUGGUGAAGUUGGUAGAUGGAUGCGUAAUUUGGAUGUUGGUAGUAGAAUCGAUUUAAGAGGACCCUUUGUCGAGUACGAAUUUAAGGAUGAUACCAAAAAUGUAAAUAUGUAUACGGCUGGGACCGGAGUUGUCUCUGCUUUGCAGAUUCUCUUAAAUAAUACUUUGGAGAACCCAAGAACAUUCACAUGGGUACAUACAUCGCAUGAUAUGAAUGAACUAGGUAAGCUAUAUCCAAUGAUGAUCAAUUUGAAUAAAACCAAUGAUAUCAGUUUAAGACUAUUCAGCGAUACAUAUAGCAUACGUGAUAAUAUUGAGGAGUUGAUGAAAUUGACGCCUGCAAAUACUCAAAACUUGUCCUUUAACAAAGAAUUCAUGGCAUUAGUGUGUGGUCCGGAUGGGUUUAUAAAAUCACUCGCUGGGGCAAAGGUUGACUUAAGACAAGGCCCUCUAGAUGGUAUCUUGAAACAUCAAGGUUGGACUAAAGACAAUGUAUUUAAAUUGUAA